UCUGUGGAGGGAGAGACUGAACGCACCGAGAAGAAGAAUGUUUGUUCUCUUCUGGGCAACUCUGCUUUUCUGUGUGAGCGGCAGCAAUGCUGACACAGGCACAUCACGACAAUGUAAUGGAGAAUACUGCAUCACACUUAGCGAUGGACUGCUAACAGCAGAGGCUGGACUCUGUGUUGUGAUCCCGUGUUCUUUCCAGACUGCUUAUGGCUUUACACCCCAAAAUUUAGUUUGGUACAAAUGUAAACUAUAUAGAAGAUGUUACAAUGAUGAUAAUAUAAUAUUUGACAGCAACAACAAAAACCAUCAGUCUGAAUUUCAAGGACGAGUGUCACUUUUGGAGCCUGAUGUGAGACAGAACAACUGCAGCAUCAUCAUUAAUGAUCUCAGAGAGUCUGAUUCUGGAUCAUAUGAGCUCAGAGUUAAUGGGAAGCAAGAUGGAUUCACAUUCCCUGCAAGGGCAACUGUCUCCAUUGGAGGUCUUACUCAGAAGCCCAGAAUUAAGAUUCCUCCAAUGACAGAGGGACAGCAGGCCACACUGACCUGCACUGCUCCUGGUCUCUGCUCUGGAUCUAUUCCUGAAGUCAGCUGGACAUGGAGAGGAGCAGGAGGGACUGAAUCUUACAUUACAGGAAACAGUACCUCAUUUAGAACUAAGGCUCAAACUGCUUUCUCACAGAGACACAUUGCAACUCUGACCUUUAACUCUUCAGCUGAACACCACAACACCAAUAUCACCUGUAAGAUCCGCUUCACUGGUGAAAAAACUACAGAGGCCAGUUCAACUUUAAAAGUGAACUCUAAAAGGACACUUCAGAUCACUGGGAAUACAACUGUUAAGGAGGGAGAUGUUCUGAAUCUGACCUGCAGCAUUGAAAGUUUCCCUCCAGCUCUUAUUGUGUGGUCUGCACUUAGUUCCAAAACCGACCUUCAGAGUGGAACUUACACUGACCUGAACAAUGAUACUGGAUCAGCUACACUUGUCAUCCACAAUGUGACAGCAGAACACUCUGGACAGUACAUCUGUACAGCAAAACAUCUGAACACAACUAUAAUUAUAUAUGUCAGUGUAACUCUGGAUUGGUUUUCAAAGAUCCAUGAUGGCUCCGGAUGUGUGCUUCAGGCGGAGGUUUUGACCUGUGUGUGUAUCAGUGAAGGGUUUCCUUUACCUACCAUCAAAUGGCCACUCCUGAAAAACCACAAUGAGUACUCUGUCAUUACCACUGUGACAAACCACACAGUCAACAGCACUGUCAGUCUAACUGUAAGAAACCAUGGCAACAGCACUGUUGAAUGUGUCAGCAACAAUGGAAAUGGGGAUGUAAAAGAAAACCUCCUGAUUCAUAACUUGCCCAAGAAAGCGGGUAAUCUCAGUGUAAAUGGAGUGAUUCUCUUACCCAUUGCUGUUGUAUCGAUGCUCGUGAAUGUGAUCUUUUUAAUCUGCUUCGCAUUCCUUUGGAACUCAAGAAAAAAGAUGAACGCAAAGGACAAAGACAGUACAUACAUGUCCCUGCAGAAAACCCACAGAUCACCAGAAUAUGAUGUUAUUUGCCAGCCGCUGAACUAGCAAGUGUCACAAAGUGAAGAUAAUAUUAAUAAUUUAAUCACUGUGUGUCCUCAAAAGACAACAGUGAUCUACUUGAUAUUAUUUCAACAUGUGUAAAUUUCAAUUUAAAUAUUGCUUUUAAAUUUCAUAUUGUUGUAUGGUUUAAGUUUAAAUUUCAUUGACCCUUGUUAAUUCAGAACAUAUCAAUAGAGGAUACUUCAGUCUUUCCUCGAUGCUGGGAUGUGACAGUAUCAAUGCUGCAGAAUGUUGAAGACUGUACUGCCACCUGUCUUUUGACAGUGUGUAUAUUGUAUGUUAUGCAUGCUCUGUAUUAUUUACUUAAUUGUGUGUAAGAUUGCAUAAAUAUGGCAUUUAAAUAAUAUAAUUUUGCUUUGCACACAACAUCGCAAACCCCAUCUUCAUCAUCUCCUCCUCCAGCUUCACACCCGACAGGUUUUGUAGUAUAAUCUCAAUCAGCUGUUGUAGCCGGAACAGAUUUUUAAACAGAGUUGAGUCGAAUUCAAAAUCAAUGACAUUUUAAAUUUGAUUGUAACAGUGUUUCAUCAUGAAACUGUGCUGUGCUUUUAUCUUUGAUCAAAACGUGUAGGAUGUAGUGUACAGUUUUCCACUGUAUUUCUCUCCUUGAUGACAUUAAAUACAGUUAUUAUUUGCAUAUACUGUUGAGGUUUUAUGAAUUGUAGAAAUUCCACAAAGUUUUUUGUGAACUGGCCCUUUUAUUGCUUAGUGC